UUAGCGUUGCACCACAUUUGUUUUGUUUACGGAUGCUGGGAAGCUAACUUAGCUUAGCCACAAACUCGCAUCCACCGUGUGUUUUUAAAACGCAGCAGCUGAUUCGUUACGAUUAAAACAAAAUGAAACCUGUGGUGGACGAGAUGUUUCCCGAGGGAGCGGGUCCGUACGUGGAUCUGGACGAGGCAGGGGGCAGCAGCGGUCUGCUAAUGGACCUGGCAGCCAAUGAAAAAGCAGUUCACUCUGAUUUCUUUAAUGAUUUCGAGGAUCUUUUCGAUGACGAUGACCUGCAGUGACGACACUUCGCCUGAUCCUGUAUAUAAAGAAAAAACAUUUGUGUAGAUUUCUAAAUAAGAGCUUUCUCUUAUUUGUACAGCCCCCCCCCCCCCCCUCCUCUUCCUCCUACAUGCCAGGCACCUUCUUACAGAAAAUACAUCUUUUUUGGUUAUACAAAAAAAAGGAAAGAAAAGAGAAGAGGACAAGCUGUCACGGUGAACCAGGUGUCUACGCUGAAUUCUAAGAAUCCCACACAUUCCGGCUCCAGAGAAAAUUAUGAGUAUGGUUUUGGCGGCGUCGUGUUCGAAUCUGCUCGGGACCUGGAUUGUAGGUUUGCUGGCUCCGCCGAACACCUGUUUGCAAACUUAAUUACACACGAGAUACAGUGUUAACAUGACCAGUGAAUGUGGAGCACGAUGGGACAGGACGGGGGGCAGAAUGUGGAAAUGCUUCAAAAGAAGAGAGAAAAUGAAGGAGCACUAGUGGAGUCAAAUAUCAUUAAUAAGGGAAAAUGGAAAUGCUCUGAUUUGACCUGAAGUGAGUCCAUGUGUGACACAAUGUGAAAAUGACACCCACCAGUUAUUCCACUCAGCCGUGCUGCUGUAAUCAGCUCCUGCAGGGAUCAGCUGCAAACAGCUGCAGGAGCAUCAGUGAAGUGAGCCACUGAUGAAAGUCCCUGUCCGUCCCUGAGGUGCUGGACCAGGUCAGAGCUCUGUGCAGGUCACACACUCACCAAACUGUGAAAACACAUUUCUCUUUGCAGGCGACUUCGUGUUAAAACAUUGAGAGAGAUCUAUUCCAAAGAUGUGGCGGGGGGGGGGGAGGGGGGUUGUGGGUUGGUAGCUUUCGACUAAUCAGGUUUAAAAGACGUCUGUAAAGUCUCUGGUGUUUUGUUCUUUAACUGGCAAAUAGUUAUAUUUUAAAUUAAUGAGAAAUAAAAAAUAU